AUCACCCAACUUGAAUCAAUCCAUGGAGGAAGAAGAUAUAAAUACAGGUCACAACCGAUUCCUUUUGCCAUCUCCAAAGCUUCAGACACAUCAACGAUAAACCAAACAGCAACAUGUUCCAUCUAACACUACUCAUUCUCCUAGCCACCCUAGUCUCAUUAAUCUACAUCCUACGCACCACCGCGUCACGACGGAGACAGCCACCGCCUCCUCCGGGGCCGCCGCGGUUACCGAUAAUCGGAAACCUCCACAUGAUGGUAGGAGGAAGAGAAGCACUCCUACAUCGUUCGCUCCAAUCCCUAUCCCAACGUUACGGUCCUAUAAUGUCGUUACAACUGGGAACCGUUCCGACCGUUGUGGUCUCGUCUCCGGAGGCCGCGGAACUGUUCCUCAAAACCCACGACGCUGUGUUCGCGAACAGGCCCAAGUUCGAAGCGGCCCAAUACACGUACGGCCCAGAGAGCGUGGCGUUUGCAGAGUACGGCGCGUACUGGCGCGGCGUGAGGAAGGUGUGCACCACGCACCUGCUGAGCGCGUCGAAGGUGGAGCGGUUUGCGCCUUUGAGAAAGAGGGAGAUUGGGGCGAUGGUGGAGUGGUUGAGGGAAGCAGCGGCGGCGCGUGAGGUUGUGAACCUAAGUGAGCGAGUGGGGGAAGUUUUGAUUGACAUGGCAUGUAAGAUGGUGCUGGGAAGGAACAAGGAUCAUAGAUUUGACUUGAAAGGGAUUCUUUUGGAGACCAUGAGUGUUUCAGGAGCUUUCAAUUUGGCAGAUUAUUUGCCUUGGUUUCGACCCUUUGAUCUUCAGGGAUUGACACAACGAUCAAAGAAAAUCAGUAAAGCGCUUGAUGAAAUGUUGGAGGAGAUUAUCGAAGAACACGAAGGGGUUCCUAAAGCAGAAGGGCACCUCAACGAUUUCAUUGACACACUACUUUCGUUGAAAGACCAACCAAUGCAUCGACAUGUUGAAGAUGCACCUGUGAUCGAUAAAAGAAGCAUAAAGGGUAUUGUGUUCGACAUGGUAAUUGGUGCAUCAGAAACUUCGAGCAACGUGAUUGAAUGGGCCAUUUCAGAACUGGUGCGACAUCCAAGAGUGAUGGAAAGUGUGCAAGACGAGCUGAAAGAUGUGGUUGGAAUGAAGAAGAUGGUGGAGGAGAUUGAUUUGGCAAAACUAAGUUAUCUGGAUAUGGUUGUGAAGGAGACCCUAAGGCUUCACCCUGCUGUGCCCUUACUAGCACCUCAUGAAUCAAUGGAGGAUAUAGUGAUAGAAGGCUAUUACAUCAAGAAGAAGUCACGAAUAAUAAUAAAUGCAUGGGCCAUAGGGAGAAACCCUACAGUGUGGUCGGAAAAUGCUGAUGUGUUUUACCCUGAAAGAUUUGUUGACAGCAACAUAGAUUUUAAGGGACAAGACUUUGAACUUAUACCGUUUGGGUCUGGUCGGAGAAGCUGCCCAGGAAUGGUGAUGGGUUUGAGCAUAGUUAAAUUGGUUAUAGCACAGUUGGUGCACUGCUUCAACUGGGAGUUACCUGAUGGCAUUGCUAACCAUGAAUUAGAUAUGAACGAGAAAUCAGGCUUAUCAAUGCCACGAGCAACACCUUUGCUUCUCAUUCCAACUUAUCGUCUACUUUAUCAAACUUUUGUGAAUUAAUUUAAGAAAAAUGAAAAUUUUACA